GUUUUCAACUUGGGGAGGUCUAGUACCGGCCACGCACAGCAAACAAAGAUGGCGGAUGUGCGUCUUUUUUGAUAAACACUCGAUAAACAUUCCGAAUGAUUUACUAAUCGAAUCGUGGUGAUAGCUUUUGAUGGCAGGUUCUGAAUUCAAAAGCGCUUGGUUUCUUCUGCUCUCUCCCAUUGGUUUAGCGGUCUAACGACAACUCUAACUUUAUUCAAACCGUAGAGUGUUUUAGCAGCUGUAUGGCUUUACACUGAAAUGAGUCACCAUGAUGUAUACACCAAAGUAUGACUACAAGAUCAUAUGUGGAAAGCUAAGAAGGGUCCCAGUGAGGGACAAGCAUGGAGAAGGACUACAGACAUACCCCAGAGACAGAUUCGAGUCAGGAGUAACUCCCAUCAAGAUUGGCAGCCGUUACUCUACAAUACCCCCGAUCACUGCAGCCUCUGGUUAUCCAUCUGCACGCCCAAGUGAUGAAGUGCUUGUCGACCGCAUCCAGCCAUUAAUUUCUAGGGUGCCAAGGGCAAGGCUUACUAGAGUGAGAGAGGGGUUUAAGCAUCAUGACUACCAAAAGGAUGGUUCAGGACGGGCAACCACAGAUGAGUUGCGUCAUGUACUGAAUGCCAAUAGCAUCUUCAUCCUGGAUCCAACCCUUAGCCACCUUGUGGACAAAUUCAAAUCAGAGCUUGGGGGAGUGAGAUACAAUGAUUUGUGUGACUUUUUAGAGGAAUGCUACGAUUCAUAUAGCCAGCGUCAUUCCAAGCUAGGUGUCUUCUCAAGUCAAUCUUUCAACACCCCUCUCUAUACUAAGCCUGUAUCUGUAUCAAGGCCACCACGUGAUGAUUCACUACUUAAGCUGGAACUAGAGCAUGAACUAAAACGAGCUGCAGAGGAGGGGCUAUUUGCAGACUUAAAGAAUUUGAAAUCAUCUUUUGAGAAUUCAAGAGAUAGAGAAAACUUACCAUAUAGAGAGGCGAUAAGACUUUGCCCACCUGAUAGAUUGCCGAUAACCCUAGAUCUGUUAGAGAAAGCACUUUCUGUCCAUCGGAUUGAGGGGUCUGCCAAGACUGACUGGAGAUCAUUUAUUGAGCUUCUGGAGCCAAUUGUGAAUAAAGUAAUGUCAUCAAGGGGCAAUACAAAUCAACGCAGCUCCAACAUUCAGACACAGACUAAUGCAGAUUCAAAGAAUAAUUCAUAUCAUAUUAAUAAAAUAUCAAGAACCCAAGGCAAAGAUCCAGACCCUGUAUUUAUUAAGUUAAGGGGAAGAAGAAUUCCUGUGUACCCCCCUGACAAUGCCCAACCUAACACAAACCCUGACAAGCCUGAUCAGAGACUUGCAUUGGAGUGGGUAUAUGGAUACCGUGGCAAGGACUGUCGUAAUAAUCUUGUUGUGGUGAAUGAAACAGGAGAGUUAGCCUACUUCACUGCAGCUAUUGUUGUUUUGUACAACCUCAAGAAGCACACUCAACGACACUACACUCAACAUACGGAUGAUGUCAAAAGCCUUGCAGUCCAUCCAGAUGGAAGGACCAUUGCGUCCGGCCAAGUAGCUGGCCAUGAAGAAGUACAAGGAGAGCCCCACUUCCGUAUCUGGGACGUCGUCAGGCUGGAGACAAUAGCUGUUAUUGGUCUUGGUCAUUUUGGACGAGCUGUGAACUCACUGGCUUUCUCCAAAAAGGAUCAUGGACGGUAUAUUGUGUCAGUUGAUGAUGAUGACUAUCAUACAAUCACUGUGUGGGACUGGGAACGAAAUAAGAUAGUAGCCAGUGCACGGGGCCACAUGGAUCAGGUACUAGUGGCGAGUUUCACGCCGUUUGAGGUCAAUGAAGGGGUGCUUUCUCUGGUGUCCUGUGGGAAACAACAUGUCAGCUUCUGGAACAUAGAGGAGGGAAGGCUCAAAUGCGACCGCGGGAGAUUCGAUCAUCAUGUGAAGCCGCUAUAUAUCUCCUGUCUGACGUUUGCCCGGAAUGGUGACGUCAUCACGGGUGACACUAAUGGGACUAUAUAUGUAUGGCGUGAAGGAACCAACGAAAUUUCGUCAUCAAUAACAAACGCUCACCAGGGCCCUGUGUACGCCCUGCUUGUACUCCCUAAUGGUGAUUUGCUCUCUGGCGGAGGAAAAGACGGGACAGUCCGGGCGUGGAACAACAUGAAGGAGCUUAGUCCCACGGGCGUCGAGCUACGACUGCACGAGUACGGCGUGACAGGGAUCCGCACGCUUGCGUUUGAUGAUAGUAACACCCUGUACAUCGGCACCACCGAUAACUGCAUCUGGAGUGCCGUGCUGUCUCUUUCCAAGUCUCCCCUGGCGAACGCUGACAAGAAACAGCUUAUCUCGGGCCACUCGGGUAGCCUACAAGGCUUGGCCGCUCACCCAAGCGAGCCAAAAUUCUUUACGGCUGGAAGUGACAUGACUGUGAGAGUUUGGAACUCCGCUGACCACUCAGUUCAGUUGUUUCGUCCACCUGCCGACAACAGAGACAAGAAGUUGAUCCCAUGCGCAGUCUCUGUGAGCUCGACCGCUGACACUAUUGCUGUCGGUUACAAAGACGGCAGUUUUGGCAUUUUCAAUGUCAAAUCAGGAGAGCCGAUAUUCUUUAAGAAGAGAUGCGCACAAGAAAAGAUUUCAGACCUGAAGUAUUCACCAGAUGUUAAAUGUUUGGCUGUAGCGUCGCAUGAUAACAACAUCUAUGUUUACACGCUGGAGAAUGGCGGUAAAUCGAUGGAAUUGUGCGGAAAAUGCGAGGGACAUACAAGCUACGUCACUCAUUUCGACUGGUCAGUGGGCAGUGAUUUUAUCCAGAGCACAUCCGGGGACUACGAGCUGCUUUUUUGGGACGCCAAGAAAUGUGAGCAGAUCAAGUUGGCGAAAGACAUGCGCAACACGGAGUGGGCCACGCAGAACUGUGUGCUUGGGUACCCUGUGCUUGGAAUCUGGCCUAAAAAAGCUGACGGCACAGAUAUAAACUCCGUCGAUAGAUCACACUCCAGGACUUUGCUCGCAACCGGAGAUGACUUCGGUGACGUGAACCUUUUCAGAUACAUGUGCGACGAUAGAAAGGCUGAGCCACGUGUCGCCAAGGGACAUAGUGCGCAUGUCACCUGUGUGAGAUUCCUCGCCGACGACACGCGCCUGAUCUCUGUAGGCGGACGGGAUGCGAGUAUUCUUCAGUGGAGAAUAGUAUAGACUCUCUUACCUCACGAUAAAACAUUAGGGACCUUAAGCAGCGACGACGGCAACGCGCCUGAUCUCUGCAGGCGCACUAGCUUACCUGUAGGUGUUGAGUUUCGGCGAGAAAAGCCGAAGUUCGUUAUCUUGACCACCAUUUUUGACGCGGAAGAGCGGGACGAGCGAAAAAAAAUAACGCGGUGGGGGAAAUAGGCAUUACUUCCCCCUUUCCCGCUCGCCCCACUCCUCUGCGUCCGUAUUUUCCAAAAUGGCGGCCAAAUAACUUACACAGGGUUUUUUCGCCGAAAUAAAACUCUGACGCCUACAGAUAGGCUAUCAAUGGACGGGAUGCGAGUAUUCCUCAAGCGGAGGAUAGAAUAGACUCUCUUACCUCCUGGUCAAUGAUAAAAAUCGAUAACAGAGUCCAUAUCAUAAUACAUACUGUAAAGUUUGGUGUAGAGAACAGUGGUCAUACUCGAGAACACAAGGGCGGCGGAGGGGGAGGGGCUACCCCCAGGUGCGGUGACUGUGGUGAUCAGCAAUGUACAGCAUUAGAGAAUAGUAAAGAUUUCCACAUUAAAGAGCAGACGUGACUG